CUGCGGCCGCUCGCGAGAGAAGCAGCAGCUGCGAGGCCAGGGAGACCCCAGGACUCCCGCAGCUGCCACCAGAUGGCAUUUAAUAAUCACUUCAGUUUGGACUACCCUGGAAACCCCUACCCAGGGGACUUGAUUGAAGUGUUCCGUCCUGGCUAUCAGCACUGGGCGCUGUACUUGGGUGAUGGUUAUGUUAUCAACAUAGCGCCUAUAGAUGGCAUUCCUGCAUCAUUUACAAGUGCCAAGUCUAUAUUCAGCACAAAGGCCAUGGUGAAGAUGCAGCUUUUGAAGGAUGUUGUUGGAAAUGACACAUAUAGAAUAAAUAAUAAAUAUGAUGAAACAUACCCCCCUCUUCCCGUGGAAGAAGUCAUUCAACGGUCAGAGUUUGUUAUUGGACAGGAGGUGGCGUAUGACUUAUUCGUCAACAACUGUGAGCAUUUUGUGACUUUGCUUCGCUAUGGAGAAGGAGUUUCAGAGCAGAGCAACCGAGCAAUAAGUACCAUUGGGUUUGUGACAGCUGCUGCCGCCGCCUUCUCAUUCCUGGGCUUGUUUCCAAAUAGACAAAGAGCAAAAUACUGUUAACAAUUUACUGAAGAGAUAUUGGAAUUGAAAGAAUUGGUGAGGAGGAAAAAAAUACCUGGGCUGAAUACUUAUUUUCAAUGCAUCAUUAUUGUUCCAGAUUUCAAUGAUGGAUGGCAGACUCUUUAAUAAAUUGCUUACUGAUAUUAUCUUAUCAUUGAGCAAAGGAAAUUUCUUCCCUACUAGCAUAGAUUUGCCGUGGCAGCUUGCACAAGAAGAACAAGGCUUUUGAGUGAGCCAGGAGAGGAUCAUAAAAUCACAUCACAUUUUAUCUCCUACUAUAAAUACUGUUUUCUCUUUCCCUGAGAGUGGCUAUUUUGCCAGAGGGAUGAAGAACCAUUUAUAUAUGGUUUUGAAAAAAAAUGUUAAGAGCUCCAAAUUGUUAGAGUUGACAUCUAAAUUCAUAUUCCUUUUCUUGUCAGAAAAGAAACUGAGAACUUCAGAAUUUGGCUAGGCAGGUUGAGGAACUCUGAUUUACAAGCCAUUUGUGGGUGCACCUCCAUCUUCCUGCACCUGUAGAUGGGGGGUGGGCUCUUUGCUCCAGAGUUCCAGACCCAGUGAUUUCCCUGGAAUCUACUCGCCUGUCUGAAGUAUGUGACAUAUAAGAGUGGGCUGCUAUUUCUACAGUUACAGUAUUCCCUUUGAAUUUUGAAAUAGUUCAGUGGUUUGACCUUUUAACCUUGGCAAGUGUUGGUUUAAAGUGCCAUAUUUAGAAAAAAAAAUCCCAUAUUACUUUUUUAACACUGUUGCUAUAAUCAACGAGUGUCAUGAUUUUAUUCUUCAUUUUAUUGAUUAUGUCAAUAAAAGGCAAGAAUGAAAAUGUCAA